GUCUGGGCCUGGCCUCCAUGGUGAUCGUCUUCUUCUGCAACUCCUACUACAUCAUGAUCCUGGUGUGGGGGCUCUUCUACCUGGUGCACUCGCUGACGGACACCCUGCCCUGGGUGCUGCGGCUCUCGGGGGACCUCAGCGAGCCGGGGGAGAUGAACUGGCAGAUGAUCCUCUGCUUGGUCACCACCUGGGUCGUCGUCUACUUUUGCAUCUGGAAGGGCGUCAAGUCGACUGGGAAGAUUGUCUACUUCACGGCACUCUUCCCCUAUGUGGUCCUCAUCCUGCUGCUGGUCCAUGGAGUGACACUGCCCGGGGCGCUGGGCGGCAUCGUCUACUACCUGAAACCUGACUGGUCCAAGCUGGCCGAGGCACAGGUCUGGAUCGAUGCUGGCACCCAGAUCUUCUUCUCCUAUGCCAUCGGGCUGGGCGCCCUGACCGCGCUGGGCAGCUACAACCGCUUCCACAACAACUGCUACAGGGAUGCCUACAUCCUGGCCGUGAUCAACAGUUCCACCAGCUUCUUUGCCGGCUUCGUCGUCUUCUCUGUGCUGGGCUUCAUGGCCUCCGAGCAAGGCGUGGACAUCUCCAAGGUGGCCGAGUCUGGCCCUGGGCUGGCUUUCAUCGCCUACCCCAAAGCCGUGACGCUGAUGCCCUUGUCCCCGCUCUGGGCCACGCUCUUCUUCUUCAUGCUCCUUGUGCUGGGGCUGGACAGCCAGUUUGUCGGUGUGGAGGGUUUCAUCACGGGCAUCCUGGACCUGUUCCCCCAGCCGGGGGCCGGCUCGCUGCGCCGGGAAGCACAGCCCCGGUGAUGCGCGGUGCCGUCCCGGCAGGGCGGCAUGUAUGUGUUCCAGCUCUUUGACUACUACUCGGCCAGCGGGAUCACGCUGCUGUGGCAGGCUUUCUGGGAGUGCGUGGUCAUUGCCUGGGUCUACG